CGCUGUUCGGCGGUCGGGCGGCGUGCAGGCUACAGGGUGUUCGCUCGCGGGCGGUCGACAUCUCUUCGAGAGAAGUUUUGCGGAGAUCGGAACGUGGCCGGCCUUUCCCGGCUAGAGCGCUCUGUAGAAAGUGAAAUUGCAUGUGAUAACAAAUUGUGUAAGGACACUCGUACUACUUGGUGUUUGAUUGUGUGAAGUGGGAACUCCAGAGUGGAUUUUACAAACUUAUUUUGAACUCGUUUCGAUAUCAGCGCAGUUUUGAACUAAAAACUGUGAUCUAGAUUAUUGAAGCGCUGUCGAGUUUUCCGAAAACGGUAUUUCACUUUUUGCUAAUACAAGAAGUGAUAUUGCUGAGGAGAAAACGUAAUUGUAAAGCGCACGAAAGAGACUCGCUUCGUGAAUCACCCACCAAUCAACUCGUAGUAAUAAAAUAGAUGUCUUCGAAAGUGAAUUUGUUUGCUGAAGUGCUUUGAAGAAACAGUAUUGUGUAUUGAAAUGUGAAUAGUGUUCAAGUGAUAGUUGAACUGAGUUCGUGUGAUAAUUCGUUUUUAUCCCAAUGAAGUUUCACGUGUAAAACGCUGCUCACAAUUGGUUUUCUGAAAAUCUGUCACCAUGGAGACGGAGGAGCUUACGAAACUCGUCGAUGGCAUAUACAAGAACAUCCUGGAUAAAUUUAAUCCAGGUGCUCGGCAGAUGAUAACGGCCGGAAAGGCGUAUUUGAAGGCUUUGCAUGGAGCUGCAGCAGCUUCUAGGCUGUAUGUGGAUGCCGUGGGCAAGCUGGGCAGGCAGGCCCAGCAGGGCACCUGGGGAGGCUGUGCUGAUAUUGGUACCGCCCUCAUGAAAGUAGUGGAAGUCUACCGCGAGAUACAAGAUCAACAGAUGAAUAUUCUGAAGGCGUUCUACGUAGACUUGCUGGUCCCUCUAGAAACUAAUCUCGAAAAGGAUACAAAAGUAGUACAGUCUGAACAAAAGCGGUUCUUACAACAACACAAACUGCGCUCAGAGAGCUACAGCAAAGCGGCGGCUACGAUCAAGAAACAGCGCAAGAAGAAAACCAACGUCAGCAAAGUUGGUUCUGCAAUGGACAAAGAGAUGAAGAACAUGCAAAUAUUGGAAGAGGAAAAGACGAAAUUGGACGCGUUUUGCGAGCAAAGCUUGAAAAAUGCGAUGACCCAGGAGCGCCGUCGAUACGGAUUUGUGUUGGAGCGGCAGUGCUCGCUGGCUAAGCACUGGUUGGCUUAUCACACUGCUGGAGCCACGGCCUACAACACUGGCCUGGAUGAGUGGCUUGAAGUCUCCAGGACUAGGGAGUAUCUCCCGCCCAACGUGGAGGCCAUGUUUGUCAGCAGGAUGAGGCAAGUAUCCUUCUGGGCUGACGAGGACAUCUACGCCAGCCCCAGGGCUGGUGAUGACGACGACCGCGCUUCCGUCGGCUCUGCCUUGAGGAAGACCAGAUCGGUGGACGCUUCAUGCCUGGACGUGCGUUCUAUUGGCGAGCUCGGCUCCCCUGCUCAGGGGCUGUCCCGCGCUAAAUCUGACUUCAACUUGCAGACCAGCAUCCAUGCUGAUGAGCCAGAUACUGACACCCGCAUCGCGACCCGUCCAUCUUCUUUGGCUCCACCAACUUGCACGACACGUGAUCCGCCACUGGCACGUGCUCUAUACGCAUAUGCCGCGGCUGGAGACAACCAGCUCAGCUUCCAGCAGGGAGAUAUGCUCGCUCUGCUCGGAGAGAGGACCAAGGGCUGGCAGUACGGAGAGAACUUACGCUCCCACCAGGCGGGUUGGUUCCCGUUGGCUUACACCGAGCCGAUCGCUAACGAUGACGUCAUCGGCAGCUCACCAGCUCGCUGGAGCUGCGCCCAAACACCGAGCGAGGCGCCGCCGCCCGCGCCGGUGGCCCAUGCGCAGACUACGCCCAGUACGCCCGCCACUGCGCACCCGCAUUCGCACCCGCCGCCGCGUAUGUUCGGGGACACAGUCACUGCGCAUCACGUUACAAAGUUUAAUCUCGACCAGGGUCGCCUAGGCAGCGGCUCACCGGGCCUGCCGCCGACCCUCCCGGCUCCGUCGCCCAGCGCUCUGAGUUCGUCAGCCAGCGCCACGUUCCACGCAUCCACUCCGUCAGCUCCAGGAACAGCUAUCAAGAACUCCACGUCAUCAGCCAGCUUCACCACUCACGCGGUGAUUGAGACCCGCAGCUUCGGACCCCAGACGCUGCCCAUGCGCUCUCAGGUGGCACAAAACAAAGCAGGCCCAGCCAAAACUGCAGUAGCAGUGGUAGGCGCUGCCGGUAAUGUGUCGCUCCACAGCUCCAACGAUUCGGGCUUCUCCAACGAGCCGCCGCCGCAGCCCGACAUUGACUACAGCGAUGAGGAAGCCCAAAGGUUACGUGUACCCAUCAGUAAAUCUGCUCAGCAAGCCAAUGAACAUAAAGCGUACUUGCUAAAAACUCAAAGUCUCAAACGCGGACCGAAACCAAACCAGAACACCACUAAUGGGUACUUGACAGAUGAUCAGCAGCUGAUGCUUCGUAACAUGCUAGACAUGGACAAAGAUUCUCAGAGAGUGAAGCGAACGAAGUCAUUCUGGAAGUUUGGACGCACGACUUCGGAAGAGAUAAUGGAAGGCAUGUCCCUUUGGCAACACCGUGAUAUUGUUGAUACUGUACCCGAAUACAAGAAAAAAUUGUUCGUUAAAAUGAAGAAGGAAUUGAGGCCAGCUCCGGAGAUUCCAGAAAUAAGAAAGACAGCAAGCCCCGAAAAAUCACCACCACUUGAUGACAUGCCGUCCCAACGACCCAAAGAAACGAUUGACAGAAAAGAAAUGAAAGUUACCAAUGGCAUCCGCCAGGCUAGAAGUAUGGGCUCCAUACAAAAUGAAGAAAACUUGGAAAAAGUCAGAAAAGUGAAUGAAAACUACAAGCAGCAGAAUCAAGCCAUGAAUAAGAAGAGUAUGUCUGAAAAACAUAUCAUUGAAGAGAAGCAAGAGGAAUUUGUCCCCAGGAACGAAUCUAGACAUUCUGAUUUGACCAACACAAGUACCAUCAAAACUAACUUUGAAAAUAGCUUUUACAAUGACGAGAGUGGAGAGGGCUUUGUGAUGAAAACUGUUAAGCGCAGAGAGAUUUUACAAAGAUAUGAUAACGACAGCAGCUCUGAUGUUAAUUCUGUUGCUUCAAGUACUGAUCCAUAUGACUGCAUUAUUGUAGAUGAUCACAUGACAUCUGGGAAGCAACAAGAACUUGAUAGACGUCGACAGGCUCAAAUGAUAGAUGAAGAAGUAAAGAAAAGGAAAGAGAACGCCUAUAUGCCGGAAUUUGAAGAGAUUGAAGUGACUCCAAUCAAACCACAUGUUCGUGCUACAAUAUCAUCGGAGAAGGUCAAGAAAAAUUCGCACGAACGGAGUCCACCAAAAACUAUGGAGUUCAAAACCUUCAAAGACAAUUCAAAGGAAGUCAAAACAUUCUCAGCUUCAUCUGAAACCUUGAAAUACAAGGAUAAUGAACAACGCACAGACCGCUACGGAAUACCUUCUGAACGUAAUAAUAAUGACAUACAAAAUGAAGACCAUUACAACGGUCAUGACGAAGGAACUCUGAAAUAUAAAAAACGCUCUAGCAAAGAAGAGAAAAACCGUCAACAGAAUACUUUGGAGAAUGGAAAGAAUUACAAGAAAGAAUACCCACAAGCUGAAGCUCGGUCUCCGAAGAAAGAGCCCCGGUCUUAUGAAAGCCGAGAGCCACGUAUCGAUUAUUCAUUGGAUAGACGCCAAACGAAGAGAGAGUUUUCAGAAACAAAGACAAAUCCUCGAAGCAAGAGCAGAGCAAAUAGGAGUUACGAUGACAGUUCUCUACCUUACAAUGGGCGAAGAGAAGAGAGAUACUACGAGUCGAAUAUUUCAUACUUCAGUGAUCAAGAACGGCGUGUUUCUCGUUACGAUUAUGAGACGGAUUCAAAGAAAGCAGAGAAGUCUAAAAUGCGCCAGGAAGAGGCGAAGCUAGAAGCGAGGCGUUUUAUUGAUCGGAGGAGUGAGGGUCCAUACAGUGAAUCAGAUGACCAGAAGUUCAAUGAGGCACUGAAGCAGCAAAGGCCGCAGUUGCUCCCUCGUACAAAACUGCUGAAGAGGUCAGCGGAGGGAAACGACUUGCCUGAGGAAGGCCACACGUUUGGUCCGUGGUACGAUUUGUGGGGACGGGAGACUGCGGUCUACAAGUAGUGUAACAGACCCCAGCAGUUUGCAACGGUGAAACUACGGAAGACGCUAACAAAUGAUAGGUCGUCGCCUGCCAUCGAAUAAUGUUUUGUAUAAUUAUUAUUAUUAUAUUUUGUUAAUUAAUAUUAAUUGUAAAUUAGACACACUAUGUAUUUUGUACAGUUAAAUAUUCAUAGUUUAACAAAGAAUAUAUCACAAUUUUU